AUGUCGUGGAACAACGCAGCCAUGGCUAAUAGCGCCCUCCCAUCCACUAACCCCUAUGGGAACUAUACAGUGGUUGACACUGUGCCAAAGGAACUUCUCCAUAUGGUGGAUUCCCAUUGGUACCAGUUCCCUCCCAUGAACCCACUCUGGUACAGCCUCGUUGGCUUCUGGAUGGUAGUCAUGGGAUGUCUCUCCGUUGCCGGCAACUUCGUCGUCAUCUGGGUCUUCAUGAACACCAAAUCUCUCCGAACACCUGCUAACCUCUUGGUCGUUAACCUGGCUAUGUCUGACUUCCUGAUGAUGUUCACAAUGUUCCCACCCAUGGUCAUCUCUUGCUACUGGCAGACCUGGACUCUUGGAGCAUUCUUCUGCGAGAUCUAUGCUUUCCUUGGUUCUCUGUUCGGCUGCGUUUCCAUCUGGACCAUGGUCUUCAUCACUGCUGACCGAUACAAUGUCAUCGUUAAGGGAGUGUCUGCUGAGCCUCUGACUUCUGGCGGUGCCAUGGCAAGAAUUGGUGGUGCUUGGGCCACUGCUCUUGCCUGGUGCCUUCCUCCCUUCUUCGGCUGGAACCGUUAUGUGCCUGAGGGUAACAUGACUGCCUGUGGUACUGAUUAUCUGACCGAGACUGAACUUUCCAAGAGCUACCUGUACAUUUACUCCAUCUGGGUAUACAUCUUCCCUCUCUUCUACAUCAUCUACAGCUACACCUUCAUCGUCAAGGCUGUUGCUGCUCACGAGAAGGGAAUGCGCGAACAAGCCAAGAAGAUGGGAGUCAAGUCCCUGAGGAGUGAGGAAGCCCAGAAGACCUCUGCUGAGUGCCGUCUGUGCAAGGUUGCCCUCAUGACCGUCACCCUGUGGUUCAUGGCCUGGACCCCCUACUUCAUCAUCAACUGGGGAGGCAUGUUCAACAAGCCCAUGGUUACUCCUCUUUUCUCCAUCUGGGGCUCCGUCUUCGCCAAGGCCAACGCCGUCUACAACCCCAUCGUGUACGCUAUCAGCCACCCCAAGUACCGUGCUGCCCUUGAGAAGAAGCUGCCUUGCCUUGCUUGUGCUACUGAGGGCCGAGAUGGAGGCUCUGAUGCCGGUUCCACUGGCACUGCUCAGGUCUCCGAGAAGGCUGAAUCUGCUUAA